ACGCCUUGUAACCCGGAACAGUCAGGUUGUCAGUGCUCAGGAAGAUGGCAGGGGUGUUUGAGGUGGAGGUUGACGGUGUUGAGCACGACCAUGGACACGGACACGGACAUGGACAUGGACAUCGCGACGACGCUUCUCAGAUUGACCUGUCCCAGCUCUCACCGGAAGAGAAGUGGAGGUUGGAACAUGCAAAAAUGCAUGCCAAACACAAAGGGCAUGAGGCCAUGCAUGCAGAGAUGGUGCUCAUCCUCAUCGUCACACUCGUCAUCGCCCAACUCGUCCUGGUGCAGUGGAAACAGAGACACCCAAAAUCAUACAAUUUGGUAACCCUCUUCCAGAUGUGGGUCGUUCCUCUGUAUUUCACCACUAAGCUGCACUGGUGGCGGUUUCUGGUCACAUGGUUCAUCUUCUCUGUUGUCACGGCCUUCAUUACUUUUCGUGCUACCCGCAAACCACUUGACUGCACCACACCGAGGCUUGUGUAUAAAUGGUUCCUCCUGUUGUAUAAGAUCAGCUAUACCACAGGCAUCAUGGGCUAUACUGUAGUCAUGUUCACUCUCUUUGGCAUCAAUCUCAUAUUUAGAAUAAAGCCAGAAGAUGCCAUGGACUUUGGUGUGUCUCUUCUCUUUUACGGCCUGUACUAUGGUGUAUUGGGUAGGGAUUUUGCAGAGAUGUGUGCAGAUUUUAUGGCAUCUACAGUUGGGUUUUACAGUGCAUCAGGAAUGCCCACUAAACACCUCUCAGACAGCAUCUGUGCCGUAUGCGGUCAGCCAAUCCUGGUGGACGUGAGCGAGGAAGGAAUCAUUGAGAACACCUACAGACUCUCCUGCAACCAUGUAUUUCAUGAGUUUUGCAUACGAGGCUGGUGCAUUGUGGGUAAGAAGCAGACGUGUCCAUACUGCAAAGAGAAGGUUGACCUCAAGCGGAUGUUUAGUAAUCCAUGGGAGAGACCCCACGUCAUGUAUGGACAGCUACUGGACUGGCUGCGGUACCUCGUGGCCUGGCAGCCCGUUAUUAUUGGACUGGUACAAGGCAUCAAUUACAUCCUGGGUUUGGAGUAACUACUAGACCCAGUAUCGAAGGACUAGCAUACCUCACUCAAACUGGAUUUUUCAAGGACUGUGUGUCUAAUGUGUUAAGUACUGUAUAAAGGCACACUGUAUGCUAAUGUGUCUUCAAAUGAAAUUCUACUAUCAGUCUGACAUUGGAUGUUUUCUUUGAGUUUUUUUACCUUUAUGGACUACAUGAAGUUCGGACCUUGCUGUUGAAUCACCUGGUCUCCAGAAGGAUUUUUUUGUAAAGAAAACUUUUGAAUCACUUAAUGUAUUUUUAAACAUACAAAUUUUCCUUUUUUUUUUUUUCUCCCCGUCAACAAACAUAAACAUACACUAAAUGGCCAGAAGUAUGUGGACACCCCCUUCUAAUUAAUGGUUUUGGUGAUUCCAGUAUUUUCUGAGAACAAAUCCUAAUACUACACUAUAUAGUGACAUUCUAGAGACUUGUGUGCUUUCAACUUUGUUGCAGCAGUUUGGAAAGAAUGUUAUUGUAUAGCAUAUAAUUAAAAUACUUUAUGUCCUCACAGAAAUGACUGGAAUAACGAAACCCGUUUGUUAGAAGUGUCCACAUACUUUUCGCCAUUGUGACGAGGAGGAGGGCGUGGCCGGUCCAUGAGGACGCACACCUGCCGCUGAAUUGUCCUAAUCAGCCGGGAGGGGGUUAAAGACAAGCCGGAGACUCCAGUUCGAAAGAGAGAAAGAGACACGUGGCUGCUGUGCUUUUGUUUCUUUAAGUUGAUUAAUGCCAUUAAAGAUAUGUUGACUGUUCUGCCAGUUCCCGCCGUCUCCUUGCCCAUCUUGUGAACCCCGUUACAGCCAUAUAAUGUAAUUGUUUUACAAUAUCCUUGCACCAUUUUUUUCAGUGUACUUCUCUUUUGGCACAUUUCAGACAUGCUAGUAAUUCGAGUGACAGGGAAAGGCCCUCUUCAAGUGUGUGUGUGUGUGUGUGUGUGUGUGUGUGUGUCGAUAGUGUACAAAUCGCUGUGUCUUCUAGCCAGUAAUGAGCAGUGCGAGGGACAGUUUCAGCCUCAGGUGAUGUUAAUGUUUAAUUCACUUCAAAUUGUUCUCCACAAUGUUUUAACCAUGUUCACCUUUCAGUCUGUGUGGUGAGUCCCCAAUGGCAACACAAGACUAAGGUACUGUAAAAGACUGUAUGUUGAAUGGAUAAAUAACAUGAUGUUGAAGUAUUUUACUCCGUUGACUCUUUAUUAGAUGUGUUUGCUAAGGCAAGCAUAACUACUUAUGUUGCUCAUACUUGGUGUUUGUGCUUUAAGCAAAUCCCUAACCCUAAAGGCCUAUUCAGACAAAGCCCAUUUUUUCACACCGGCUCCGACAAAUCAUCCACCGAAAAUUCCGAAAAUUAUAUUGAUAUAAUUUUUUUUAUUUAUAUUUUAUUCAGAUUGCAAUGAAACGUGAAUGACCAAUGAAAUACGAGCUUAAUCAACUGGCAAACAAAGGCACUGGACAUGCAGCUGAUACACACCAUGAAAAAUUUUAAUUAAAUAGUUUCAGUUCAUGAACUCUUUGUACUUCAAACAUAAACCCGGUCUGAUUUUGAAAGUCUACUUAAACUACAGUAAAUUUGCAUCUAUUAUAAAUGUUUAUAAAGACACCAGAGUGUAUUCCUGUGCUCUCUUACCCGUCUCGCACAAAAACACAAUUCAAUUCAAAUAUGCAGUAAAUAAAUGAUAUAUUUGUAAACACAUUAUUUUUUAGAAUAUAUUUGUAAUGUGCUAAUAUAUAAUAUACCUUGUGUUUUGUCUUAAUGUACAUUUAAUGUGUAUAUUACUUUGCCUGUUAUAUUAUCCAGGCAUUAAAAAUAGCAGGGAGGUUAGGCAAAUCGUUUGGAAUAGCUCGUAGUCAAAUAUUGCAUAAAAAGCAAUAUUUUACUACAAUGUAGACAAAUGAAUUGCAGAACCUCACUGCUGUUUUUAUUGCAAGGAUAAUAUAACACAAAUUAUUCCUGUAACUGUGCUGCGUACUGUACAGGCGUAAAUUGUUUUUCAUUUCAUUAGUCUUUGUGUGAAUAAACCAUUUGUCAGCA